CACCUCCCGCGCCCACGACGCUCCCUCCAGAAUCUCCGUAGUCCGCGCGUAUUGAAUCCCACAACGGCUGUCACCGUCACUGCCACUGAACAUUCAACACAUUUCUCUAAUUUUCCUCUCCUUGCGCGGAAUUUUCAGAUUCUUCCCUUUGGACAGAAGGCAAAAAGCGAAAAGGUCACGUGCCACGCUAACGAGACUUGGGUCAUCUUUGAGAAAAGAGGGAAGCAGUCACUUCACCACCUACCCUCAUCAACACCAUCAUCGCUGCCGUGCGCACGAAGAGGGCAGGACCAUCUCUUCACCCUUUUGCGCAUCACUCUCGAGACAGACAUCCUCAUCAGACGUCUCCUCAAGCACGCGCACUGCACCGUCACCAAGCAGAGGCUUUGGGUAGCUACUCUGCUGAGUUACUGCGACAGCGUCAUCGCAUUCACCUGCACGCUCUGCGUCACCGCCGACAAACGCCGCCGCUCCGUCCCGCACGCGCGUUGCAUCGACCGAAAGUUCUCUUCACGAACGCUCCAUCGAUCGGUCAUCCACCUUUUUGCGACACGACAUCACCGAGCGCAUCUUCUGAUCGCUCGUCGUCCAUCAACCUCUCCAUCGCAAACAUGGAUCAGGUCUACAUCAGUCACCCGCAGAACGCGGCCGAGGCCAAGCAGUUCGCUGCGCCUCAGUCACUGUCCUUUCCCGGCGCGCAAGGCCACUUGACACCUCCAAACGAGUCGCAACAGGCGUCCAAGAAUGGCAUGAAUGGACAACAGCAAGGAGGGAAUGCCGUGCAACCCGCACAAGGCAAUGGGGUGACUCCCGCAACUCCAGCUGCCACACCAGGACAAGCCGGGACCGGGGUGUCUGGUAUCGUGCCCACGCUGCAGAACAUCGUCGCGACCGUGAAUCUCGACUGUCGGUUGGAUCUCAAGACCAUCGCCUUGCACGCUCGAAACGCAGAGUACAAUCCGAAGCGUUUCGCAGCCGUCAUCAUGCGCAUUCGAGAACCCAAAACCACGGCGCUCAUCUUCGCUUCCGGCAAGAUGGUCGUGACGGGUGCCAAGUCGGAGGAUGAUAGCAAGUUGGCCAGCCGCAAAUAUGCGCGCAUCAUUCAGAAGCUCGGCUUCAAUGCCAAGUUCACGGACUUUAAGAUUCAGAACAUCGUCGGCAGCUGCGACAUCAAGUUUCCUAUCCGUCUGGAGGGCUUGGCCAGCCGCCAUCACAUGUUCUCGUCUUACGAGCCUGAACUCUUCCCUGGUCUCAUCUACCGCAUGAUGAAGCCGAAAAUUGUGCUCCUCAUCUUCGUCUCCGGCAAGAUCGUCCUCACCGGCGCCAAAGUCCGCGAGGAGAUCUACCAGGCCUUCGAGCUCAUCUACCCCGUGCUCUCCGACUUCCGCAAGACCUAGACACUCACACCUCUUCACCUCACCUCGGCAAACCCUGUAUCAUUACUUCACGGCCAGCCUGUACCACCAAAUUUCACACACGAGGAACGGCCACGGCCGACCUCUUACACAAGACCAAUCGAUCGAAACACAGUCACUCAGCAACGCGUACACAGUGCUUCGAAACUUCACUGUCGCUUGCUCGAAACCGCACGAUCCGAUUCGGGACUUUGUUACCUUUUUUGCUUCUUCACACACAAUUUGCUUUUCAUGCAUGGCGAGGCGUUUUCCGCGGCGUCGAGAGAAUUGAAAGAAUGGCUUUCGAACUUUUGAGAGAAAAAUGGGAGGCUCGCGCUGAUCUGUUUUCUUCCUUCGCUGCAACUGGGCGAUGGCAAAACUGCCCACGCGCUAGAAUGAUGCGCUUUCUAUCAAGCGCGAAUAUGCGGCUUUCGUUAUGGAAAGCUUUUUGAGGAUGUGAGUGAGAGAGCUGGCGGGUAGGGAGGGAUUGCGAGCGCCCGCCGGUUUUUGAGAUGGAGAGAUGGUGGUGGUGGUGAUGG